CUGCAGUUUGGCGCCCGGCGUCUCAGCGGCCCCUCGCAGUGGAAGCUACCUUGCUCCGUGUCACCGUGGCAACUCGCACGGCAGUUUCCGGAGGCGUUGGCCGAGAAAACACGUAUUAAGCGCCUAGUGUGCAUCUGAUUUCGUGGAUAUAAAGAUUUGUUGAUCUACAGAAUGCUUCAAUACCCAUAUUUUUGUAGAAUCUAUAAAAAAUUUCUUUCGUGCUGGUUGGAAUCUGGCAUAUUUAAUUUGGGUGUCUGGCCAAAAAAAAUACAUGCUACAGCAGAAAGAUAUAAUGAAUAUGAAGCCCAGGAGCAAACAGAUCAAACUGGAGCUCAGGAGUUACAAGGCAGAGAUUCUGAAGUGAUGACUAAAUUACAUAUUCCAGUGAUGGUGGAUGAAGUUGUUCGUUGUUUGGCACCACAAAAAAGGCAGUUUUUUCUAGAUAUGACAUUUGGUUCAGGAGGACACACAAGAGCCAUUCUACAGAAGGAGUCAGAUAUUACUCUGUAUGCCUUAGACAGAGACCCAACAGCUUAUGCAAUAGCUGAACAGCUUUCAGAAUUGUACCCUAAACAGAUCCGAGCCAUCCUGGGCCAGUUCAGCCAGGCAGAAGCCUUACUAAUGAAAGCUGGAGUGCAACCAGGGACUUUAGAUGGAGUUCUUUUGGAUCUUGGGUGUUCCUCCAUGCAACUUGAUGCCCCUGAAAGAGGUUUUUCCCUUCGGAAGGAUGGCCCCUUGGACAUGAGAAUGGAUGGUGGCAGGUACCCUGACAUGCCCACCGCAGCUGAUGUUGUGAACGCUUUAGAUCAACAGGCACUUGCAUCCAUCCUGAGAACAUACGGGGAGGAGAAGCACGCCAAGAAAAUCGCUUCAGCAAUCGUUCAGGCACGCAGCAUCUACCCCAUCACCAGAACCCAGCAGCUUGCCAGCAUCGUUGCAGGUGCAUUUCCUCCAUCUGCUACUUAUGCACGAAAAGACUUGCUACAACGAUCUACCCAUAUCGCUACCAAGACUUUCCAAGCUUUUCGCAUAUUUGUGAACAAUGAACUCAAUGAACUUUACACAGGACUGAAGACAGCUCAGAAGUUUCUGAGACCUGGUGGUCGCCUGGUUGCCCUCUCCUUCCAUUCACUGGAGGAUCGCAUCAUCAAACGAUUCCUGCUUGGGAUAAGCAUGACACAAAGGUUUAACCUAAGUGCUAGACAGAAGGUGAUACAAAAAUCACAGUUGGGUUCAGAUCAUGAAAACACGGAAGGAGUCUCUAUAGGAAGGGCCCCUUUAAUGUGGAAAGUGAUGCAUAAGAAGGUACUUACUCCGGAAGAUCAAGAUGUACAAAAUAACCCCAGAGGACGCUCAGCCAAGCUUAGAGCAGCUAUCAAAUUAUGAGGAAGUUAUCAUCAUCUGAUUCUUCAAGUUCUUCCUCACAGUUUCUCGUGUAAUAUUCCUGAACAGCCUAAUAUAAGAAAGUGUGGGAUAUAUAGAGAUAUGUACCAUAUAUGUGUGGAAAUAGGGGGUAUUUAGCAUUUUUUUUCUCAAAAAGAAAAUGUAGGAAAUAUUAGCAUGACACAGAUAGCUCAAUUCAAGAUGCAGCAGUGUCUCAAAACUGGAAAAAUUGUUUAUCUUAGCAUUAUAUUUGACUUUUGAAAUGCAGUCCUUUUUCUAACCGGGAAUUUUUUUUAAAAAGAAGAAGAAGAAGAAGAAGAAGAAGAAGAGAAUAUGUGUAUUUACUUAACUAUGUAAAUUCAAGCUGUCAAAAGAGAGAUUAUAAUUAUAUCUGCAUGCCCAAAUUCUGAAUUUAGAUAUUCAGAUUUGCAACAGACUGUCUAUAACUCAAAUAAUUAAUAAUGAUCAUAAAAUGAAUUUUAAUUUUCCUACUUGGGAAUAAUUAAUUACUACUAUAGCUUUCUCAAAUAUAGGUACUAUGAAAAUUUAAAAUAUUCAAGUAUUAUUUUAAAAAUGCAUUAUACAGAUAAAUUUCAUUACUGAAAUUACAGUGUUCAUUGUUUUAAAGGGAUUUUUCAGUAUGAUAUGUGCCAUGUUUUCAUAUAUUAGAAACUAAAAAUGUAGAAUUGCUCUAAUAGCUCUCACAGAGAGUGUUUCACAAAACUUAUAUUUAAAGUCAAUUGUGUUUAUUUUAAUAAUAGCCCAGAAUGCUUUUGAUAAAUAAAAAUCUGUCAUCAUUUGAAUCCUGCAAUUUUAAAUUCGGCUAUUCAAAAUAUUCAAAGUCUAUUUGAAAUGGAAAAGUAUGUUAUCUCUUCCAGAUACUAAAAUCAGUGAUUUUAUUUACGAAUAGUAAUUGUAAUUGUAAAAUGUUUAUUCAGGUGAAGUUCACGUGGCAGAGGAUUCUUUAACAAAUUAAUGAAAUUGAUUCAGUAUUCACAUAACUUUUUAUACAUUAAUAUGCACUUCUAAUUUAUUCGGUUAUGCAGCAAGUACUGAACUAGGCAAAGAAACAAAGGCGAGUAAAACACACAUAGCCCAUAGUAUUAGUCCUGUGGAGUUUAUAGUCUAGCCAAGAAGAACAAUGGUAGUUAAAUAAUCAUAAAUAUUAGUAUAAAAUUGACAAAGCGGUAAGGGCUAUAAAGAAGUAGUACAAGGUACCAUAAGUACAUCUAGUAGGGAUUUCAUCUACUGAAGGAAACCAGGUCUGACAACAUGGUGCUUGAUUUGUGACUUGAAGGAUGAAUAAGUGAUAAUUAGUAAAAGGAUACAUGGGCAUGUUCAUUAAAGGUGCAUGUAAAUGAUUGUUUUCUUAAGUAGUUUCCCUUGAAGUCAUAUUUAUACUAUUAAUUUGCUCAGUAAACUAUUCAAAUACAGGAAAAAUUCAUCUUCUCAAUUAUGAUUACAAACUCUAAGUUGGUGAAUCCAAUGAAUAAAAUACCAACAUAACUAUGGGCAAAAGAUAAGAAUUAAAUACUUGAAUUUACCUCAGACUUACUUUAUCUACCUCUGUAAUAUUUAGCUUUAGUUCCCAAGUUUGUUUACCACUUGUAAUUUACAGACUUUAUUCAGAUCUGAACAAUUCUGCAGUGAAAUCAGAAUUAGAAAAUAUUCUAGGGAACAGUAUGCUCAAAUUAGAAACAAAUGAAAGUACCUAGCUUAAUCUCCUCAGUCCUUCCUGAAGAAUUUAAGUUCCUCUUUGUAUGUACGUCAUACUUGUGAAUGAGAAUGAUUCCCAAAGGUAAGUGCCCAUCUGAGUAUCUGAUCAGAAUAUAAAAGAUCGCAUCUAAUAUUCAACAAUGAUUCACCUAUUUCAUCAAUCAUUUUUGGAUGCUAUAUAAUACAGGAAUCUUUUCAUUAAUGUUAAAUGGAAAUUGACUGCCCUGGGUUGGAUGGCAUCCUUACAAACUUCAUGUCCUUUGCAAAACCUCAUAAUGUGACCUUAUGUGGAAAUAUGGCUAUUGCAGAUGUAAGUAGUUAAGAGGAGGUCAUACUGGAGCAGGGAAGGCCCUUAAUCCAAUAUGUCUGUGUCAUUAUAAGAAGAGGAGAAGAGAGAGACACAGGGAAGAAUGCCACAUGAAGGUAGAGGCAGAAAUUGAAGUGAUAAAUCUACAAGCCAAGGGACACCAAGAAUUGCUGGCAACCAUAGGAAGCUAGGAGAGAAGCAUGGAAUAGAUUCUCCCUCAUAGACUUUAGUAGGAACUAAUAACUGCUGACACCUUGGUUUCAGACUUCCAAGCUCCAGAACAGUGACAGAAUAAAUUUCUGCUAUUUUAUGCCAGCCAAUCUGUGGUAAUUUAUUACAGCAGCCCUAAGGAACUAAUACUCU